AUGGGCUCUAAUGAAUCCCAAUGUAAUUUGAGCCUAAAGGAGCGGAUGCUCAGUGCUGGUGUAGGUUCACUACUUACAUCAUUAAUACUGACACCAAUGGAUGUGGUCAGGAUUCGAUUACAACAGCAAGACUUACUGCCGAACUGUUCAUGCCCAUCAAAUACAGACGCUAAAGUUCCCAUUACGCAUACGAAUACUGGUACUGUAUUUUGGCAAGAUUCAUGUUUCCAAGAUCUAACAUGUAAGAAUUCAAGAAUACGAUUUAAUGGUACUAUGGAAGCAUUUACAAUGAUUGCCAAGAAUGAAGGAUUGACAAGUCUUUGGAGUGGUAUCUCCAUAUCGCUUUUAAUGGCCAUACCUGCAAACGUAGUUUAUUUUACAGGAUAUGAAUACUUGAGAGAUACAUCACCUUUAAACGAAAAGCAUCCAGGUUUAAAUCCAUUAUUAUGUGGCGCAUUUGCUAGAGUAAUUGCUGCAACUACUAUAGCACCGUUGGAAUUAAUAAAGACAAGAUUACAGAGUAUACCAAGAUCUUCAAGAAGGAAUGGAAAAAUGGAGGUGAUAAAGGAUUUAAUGUUGGAGAUGAGGAAGGAAAUCAAAAGCGGUGGUAGUAAAGCUUUAUUUCGUGGAUUAGAAAUUACACUUUGGAGAGAUGUUCCAUUUAGUGCGGUUUAUUGGGGGGCAUAUGAAUUCUGUAAGAAACACCUUUGGUAUCAUCCUCUAUAUCCAACAUCUCAUGCUAAUUGGAUUCAAUUUGCCAAUAGUUUUAUUACUGGUUGUAUUGGUGGCACAAUUGCGGCUAUUGUAACGCACCCAUUCGACGUCGGGAAAACUAGAAUGCAGAUCUCACUAAUGCCUCAAAGGAAUAAUGAUGGAUUGGUACGAUCGAGUAAAUUUCCAAGAAAUAUGUUUAAAUUUUUGGAUAGUAUAAGACGGACGGAAGGUUUUGGUGCACUCUGUGUGGGGUUACCAGUUAGAAUUGCUAAAAUUGCACCAAGUUGCGCUAUAAUGAUAUCGAGUUACGAAGUUUCCAAAAGAAUAUUUAGCCACAGCUGA